AUGCGAGGCAGAGCACCCUUGUGGGUGCUGUUCAUCGGCCUUGCCUCUCAUUGUUUGGUGCGGGGAGAUGACAAGGUCUCGGACAUCUCGCGCUUGCAACUAGCUGCCGAGGUCGAGAAGGCCGCGCAGGCUGCGCAGAUUAUUGAACGCAUGAACGCUAAGAUGUUGGAGAUGGAGUCAAAGAUGGAGCAGCGGGCUGCGGCCCGGGCGGCGGAGGCCAGGGCGCUGAAGAAGCAGUUGGCGGCCCAGGCUACAGAACUCGGUCAACUCAAAGCGACCGGGCGCGAAAUACGACGACGCACCGAGGCAGUUGAUUGUGAUGCCGUUGUCGAGGGCAUCAAAGAUCCGCACCUGUCGUUCGCUCGCGGGGGGCGCGCCGACUUUCGCGGUCGCAGCGGGCUGAUGUACUGCUUCCACAGCUCCCCGUUCUUUGCCAUCAACAUCAAGACUGAGGAUGCCACCUUCACGCUCCACGACGGCAGGCUGACUGUGGACGGCUCCUUCAUCACCGAGGCGCACUUCAUCGCAAAGGGGCGAAAGGAGGGCGAGCUCGUCCACGCAGUCUUCCGCGCCAACGAGCUCAACGAGUUCAACACAGGGAAAAACAUGAUCACCGGCCUCUGCGGCGAGCGCAACUUCUUCUUGGGCCCAGGCCGGUCCUACUCCUGCGGCACCCUCAUCGUCGAGACGAAGCACGCCAGCGCCACCUUCACCACCCCAGAGUGGCAGGCGACUGCGCGGGGCAAUCACGUCUACGGCCGCAUCGCGGGCCCAGAGCACCGCAUCGACCUCUCCCUUCGCGCCACUGCGCCAGUCACGCUCGGGCAGACGCACGGCGCGCCGAGCCCCUCGCGCCUAGCCCCUCGCGUCGCCGCACUGCCACCGCUUGCGGCCUGCCCAUCCGUGACGCGUGCUUCGCACACACGCCUGGCACAUUCAUCGCUCAGCGUUUUCUUCGGCCUCGUCGGGCAGAGCUUCUCGUCGUCCGGGCCGCGCAAUGGCAAGCGCGACCUUUACCCCACCGAGGGGCGCUUCCGCACAUCGGCGAUGGCUGAGGGCGCCAUCGAGGGCGCCGCCAAGGACUAUGAGCUGCCUUCUGGCGAUUCGGUCGCGUUUGCCUUUUCUCGCUUCUACAGCAAGAGGCCGGCCGCCGGGGGGCUUCUUGCCGCCGGCGAGGCCUCGACGGUGGAUGACGGUGACGACAAGGGCGGCGGACCGGGGGCCGAGGCUGCGUUCGGCCACCCCGCGCGGCGCUUGUCCGAGUCGGCAGGCAGCCCCAUCAUGUUGGCGCGCACCAUCAUGAUCGCUCCGGUGACCGUGGCCCUUCUGGCCCCGCCAGAGGACCCCCGCCACCUCUCCGGCGCCCUUGCGAGCGCGGCCCACACGCUGCCCGGCGCGCCCUCGCAGAUCGCGUCCCAGUCCAUGACUGGGAAGCUGUCCACUCCUGUGUGGCAUGGGCUGCCCGAGGUCUCGCCAGCCAGCCUGCGUGUCGACCAUGCCGCUAGUCUGGAGCGGCUCAUCCUCAGUGGGUUGCGGUCCCCCGGGUACGCCUGCCACACCCGGCCUCGCUCUCCGCGCUUGGGAACCUGGUAG